GAAGAGGAGGAGGAGCCGGAGAGAGAGAGAGAGGAGACCCAGCAGAGAGGCUCUUCUUCUUCUUCUCCCGGCCGGGCCUGGCUCCUGCUGCUGCUGCUGCCGCCGCCGCCGCCAUGAGGAAGCUGUGCCUGGCCUCGGCGGGGGUCCUGGCCCUGACCUGCCUGGUCCUCAGCAUCGCUCUCCUCGCCGCCCGCGUCCUCGAGAAGGUGGUCGACCUCCAGGUCAAGCAGCAAAUGGUGUUAAAAAAUGGUACAGAAGUUUUUGAGAUGUGGGAAGAAUCUACACCACCCGUUUAUAUGCAGUUCUUCUUUUUUAACUUGACCAACCCUUUAGAAGUGCUUCAGGGUGAAUCUCCUUUAGUGAGGGAAGUUGGACCAUACACUUACAGGGAAGUCAGGCCCCGAGUUGAUGUCCAUAUUUUAGACAAUGACACGAAAGUCUCUUCUUUCAACCCCAAAACUUAUUUCUUUGAACGUGAGAUGUCAGUGGGAGAUCCAGAGGUUGAUCGGAUCAGGACAGUGAAUGUGCCUGCAGUGGUUGCAAUGGACCUGGCUACAUCAACUCCCAUGCAUUUACCUGCAGAGAUUUUGCUCCUCUUAUAUGAAGAAGAGAUGUUCACGACACACUCAGUACACGAGCUGUUGUGGGGUUACACAGACAAACUUCUCAGUGCUUUACACAAAUUUCGUCCCAGUAUUGACUCAGAUUUUGGCUUUUUUAAAAAGACGAAUGGAUCUGAUGAUGGCGAGUACAUCAUGCUAAGUGGAAAGAAGAACUAUCUUGACUUCACAAGGAUUAUCAAAUGGAGAGGAAAAGAUGCACUAAACUGGUGGUCAUCACCAGUUAGUAAUAUGAUAAAUGGAACUGAUGGUUCUACAUUUCAUCCGUUAAUAGGCAUAGAUGAAAUGGUCUAUGUCUUUUCCUCAGAUUUCUGCAGAUCUUUGUACCUAACCUUUGACAAGUAUGUAACGGUCCAGGGGAUCUCAGCUUAUCGGUUUGUGCCUCCCAUGAGACUCUUUGCCAAUGCUUCCAGUAAUCCAGACAAUGCUGGGUUUUGUGUACCAGCUGGAAACUGCCUAGGAGCAGGACUUUUGAAUGUCAGCGCCUGCAAGCAAGGAGCACCAAUAUUUUUGUCACCUCCUCAUUUUUAUCAGUCAGAUGAAAAGUAUGUUAAGGACAUUGAUGGCAUGCAUCCAAAUAAAGAGGACCAUGAGACAUUUCUGGACAUUAACCCUUUGACAGGAGUUCUGGUCCAAGCAGCCAAGCGAAUGCAAGUCAAUGUUUACAUUCAAAAACUACCAGAUUUCCUGCAAACAGGCAAUGUCAGAACUCUGUUUUUCCCUGUGUUGUAUAUAAAUGAGACUUUUGCACUGGACAAAGCAUCUGCAACAAAACUAAAGGCUGCUCUCUUUGAAUCUUCUGUGAUCACCAACACUCCCUUUAUUAUCAUGGUACUAGGAAUUAUUUUUGGAGUGAUAUUUGUUGUGCUUGCAUGCAAACCUCCACAGGCGAGAGAAGAGGACAGAGAGGUAUUAGUAGAACCAGAGUAAGUACACUUCAGCAAAGUUCUGCUGCUGGCUUAAGACACAUGGGUUCUGUAGAUGAGAGAGCACCGCUUAUCCGGACAUCUUGACUUAAUUUUCUCACCCAACCCUACUGGAACGAGGAGAGCGGUGACUGAACUAUGCAAACUGCUCUUAAGUGAAGACACUAUCCAACUAUCUCAGCUGUCCCCCCAUCACACUACUACAACUGUAUUAACAUUCUGCUCUUUUUCUUUGGGGGGGAGGAGUGUGGGAGUAGAAUUCAGGAAUGAGUUUUAAAAUCUGGUCUGUUGCAUUGAUUAUGGAAACGGCAAGAUUUUUUAAAAAAAAGACUGUUAACACAGUUUGCUGUUGUCUUCCACAAGUAUAAAAAGAAUAUUUUAAUAUAUUCCUGUAACAGCAGGCUGUGGUCCCAUUCUAUGAGACUAUAACAGUUUUCAUGGCUAUGGUUUGUCUCUCUUGUGUUUACUUAUAUGACAGAUCAUAGAAGCUUGUAUCAGUUCCAGUGACUAUUUUUUUAUUUAUUGUGAUAAUUAAGUACAGUCUUGUCCUUCUACAACCUAACUUCUAAUUGGGCACAGUGUCUCUGAUACAACAGAGAUUUUACUUUUCCUCUUUUGCAGAUUGUCACAGAAAUGCAGAGUACUUUCCAGAUUUCCUCUGUAUGCUAAGAGCCUCUAUUAAUUAUUUACUGGAUGGAAAUCAUUGGUUAUAAAGGAUGGCAGGAAUAUUUGCAGGCUAGCCUAGCUCAGGCUUUCAUCUUACAAAACCCUCUGUUAUCAUUUUUGGGAUGUAUAGCUAUAGAAUUGACUCAGCAUGCUGGUUAUAUUAGAACACUUUGAUCCACUGGUUGGAUUUUGGAAUAAUUCCCAAAUUCCCUGUGAAGGGAUAUACAGUAUAUGAAAAUGUUCCAGUACAGGACUGUCUGCAUCAGUUAGUUACAAACCUCUGCUCCUGUGGGGUGGGUUAAAAGAAAUCUCUUUGAGCAAGUUGCUUAGGUUUACCUAUUCAAGUGAAGAUAUCCUGUGUGAGGCAUCCAUGGAAAACACUGGAUCUCAGCUAUUUGAUAAGGAACACAAUGGAAAUAUAUUGGAGUGGACUGCAUACCCUUUCCAGGGCUUUAGCCUGCCAAACAGUAUUAGACAAGCUCCACUCCCAUCAAUUUCCCCCAUGUUUCCUAGGGGCUUUAGUAGCCACUUGCAAUAGAUCCAGCAUCUAGCUUUUUAAUGAUCAGUCUGGGGCCUCUAAUCAUGCUUUAUAAUGAUUGCCUCCCCUCUGCUUAGAUCAUGGAAGAAAAUGUUAGGAGACUGUCCAAGCUGUGACAAAGGUACAGGUUCAUUAUUGUGUAGUUCUUAUCCCUAUCUCUGUCACAGUGGGAGGCAUAUUAGGGAGGAAAGGAUAAUGUAGCUGAGUGGGAAGUUUAAGGCAUCAGAGGCAUCUGAAGAAAGACCCACACUACCUUCAAACAACUAUGUAUACAUAUUGGAGAAGAAAGGAAGAGUUGGAUCACAACCUUCUGCAUCCAACCUCUAGAUCAAGCCAAUCAAUGUUCUUAGUUGGCUAGGAGAGGCCAUGGAGGACCUCUGUUAUCAUUUAACUCUGCCUCCUUUGAUAGCUAUGUGUACUACCUUGUAAAGAGUGGAAGCUAGAAGUACCCCAUACAUCCCACACACCUUUUUUCAUUAUAUGUGUAUUCAUUCAGUAUUGUCUGAAAUCUCACUGUGCAAGUUUACCAAAUGCCCCUUUACUGAUUCUUCCUUCUCUCCUUUUCCUUCUUGUAAUAUUUAAGUGAUUACCAGUUGAGACUGCAAUGUAAACAUUUUCCAAAAUCUGUUUUGGAGUGGGUGUUAAAGUUGCACGGUUUUUGUGAGUCACAGUACAUUCACCCAAAAUUGCUGCAUACUGUUAACUUCUCUUAGUGCAGCCCAAGAGCCAUUGAACCAACUGUAAGUGUACCUCAGCUGGAUCCAUUAGUGCAGCUUUCUGUUUCUAACAGGCUAGCAUGGAGGUUCUGUUUUGUUCUUUUAAGCUACUUUUAAGACUGUUACAAGCUUGUGGUCACCAUCACAGCAACAGAUUGAUCUGUUAAUAGCGGGUUGGGGUUUUUUGAUGUGUGAAGAACAUAUUUUUAAUCUUCUCCAUAGUCAGGUCCCAAUCAUUUUUAUUAGAUGAGCCUAAUCAAUCAGAUAGCCCACCCCUUGAGUCAUCUCAUUAAUGGAUGCAGCUGUGUUUGGCAGAGGAAAGCUACAGACUGUGCAAAUUGAUGUGCAGUGUUACAGAUUUUAUUGAAUGUUUCUGUGAUUGUUUUACCGAAUACAUUUGAGGAAUUAAAAUAUUAACACCACCAUUUCUCAGUUUUAAAAAGUUGCAAUGUCACGGUAACCAGUGUACAGGAUGGAAACUGUAUUUGGAGCUACAAAAUAGUAAAAAGUAAUUAAACAAUGAAUGACAGUAUUAUAGCUAAUAAAUGUGUUUGCACAGGUAUAACAUUGAAAAAGUUCCACCUUUUAUUGUUUUCAAACUUUUAGGAAUACUAAUUGAACAAAAAAACCUUUGAUGUCAGCUCCUAGUCCAGUGAUUCCCAAACUUUGGUCCUCUAACUAUUUUGGACUUCAGCUUCCAGAAACCCCAGCCAGCUUGGCCAACAGUGAGGAAUUCUGGGAUUUGCAGUCCAGAACAUCUGGAAGACCAGAGUUUGGGAACCACUGUCCUAGUCUUACCUAUUUUGGGAUUGAGUCCGAAGUCCUUCUGAUAACAUAGGUUUUUAGAUUGCUUCUGCCAUACCCUGUAUGGCAGAGAUAAGGAAUGUGUGACCCUUCACAUGUUGGACUGCAGUUUGCAUCAUCCAUCAUUAUUUAACUAUGCUGGUUAGUCCUGAUAGGAGUUGCAGUUUAACAACAUCUGGAAGGCUGUGUGUUGCCCACCUCUGUUACAUGAGUUGAUUUCCAGCCUGAGGCAGUCCAGCAUUAUGAUUCAGUAGAGAGAUAUUGGACACAGCAUCAUCUCAUUUACUUUCCAGCGAGGAGAGCUUACAGUUAUUUCUUACAAAAUGUAUGACCUUUCAUAAAGGCUUACCUGACAUUUUUCUCUUUGCACAAGAUCAAGUGAUGGAAAUAUGGGCAGAAGGAAGAACAGAAGCUGCUUGUGCAUCUCGAUAUGAGUUGCAGUAGUAGGAUUUCCAGAGGUUUAAACAGUAGCAACAACAAAAUUACACUAUUUUUUCAGUAGAAGGGACUGAGAGCAAAUAUCUAGGCUCAGAAUGUGGGCAGGAGAGCUCUUUUCUUUAAUUCUAUGUUGGUGUAUGUGUGUGUACCCAGCUCUGGAUGGAAAAUCUCACGGUUUUGGCAUAAAAGAAAAAAGUAUCCUUCACCUAGGAUAAAUAAUGGGACAGACAAGCUGCUUGUUGUUUGCUAUUAACUAGAGAGUUUGUGGAAGAGACAGACUGAAGGCUUCAAAGUUAAUUCCCCAAGUGUCAGCCUCUCCCUUUUCACCAGUGCAUCUCCUGUUUUGACUUUUUUUUAAGGGAUAACUUGAAAAGAUAAUUUAUUGGACUGCAGCUCCCAGAAUACCUAAGGCACCAUGACAAGUGAGCAUGGUAGUUUGGGGAUUCUGGGACUUAAUAUCCAUAUAGUUACUCUCUCAAGCUCUUAGGGCAGAGUUUGGUAACUUAUAGGGCUUGUUUUGCUGGUUGCACUGGAGGCUGCCUGCUUUACUUGCAAAUCUAUUGCAUUCCCCUGCAUGAACGUGGCCCAGUAACUGCACGUUGCAGUCGUGGACUAGUGGCCUUUCAAGACGCUCACCUUUGAGGUCCCUUGGUAAACUGCUUUGAAAACUAUUUCACUACAUAAUCUUUGGUGAGCUGCACUGGAUUUGCCAGUUGCAUGUGAAGUUGCUAACCUCAAGGUGCAGUCAGUCUGCAGGCCACUUAGCCUCAGAAUGGGUCAGCCCAAUUCAGUGUAACUUCACUAGCUCUAGUUGCAGCUUCUUUUCAAUUGGGGCAACAUGUGUUCUAAUUUAAUAAUCUUUCUAUAGUACUUAUUAUGUCCACUGCUGAAAGAGCUUCAGGUACUAAUUAUCUCUGUAAUUAUUGCAAUGACUAAAAAAGCAAGUAUCAGCUCUGUAUUACAUGAGGGGGACUUAAGCUUAAGGAAUAGGAGCUUCCAUAAGUUCUUGUAAUGUGGUCACAAUAACAGAUUUUAAAAAAUAGAUACAUCCGUGGUUUUUAUAGUAAGGUACCUUAAAAAUUAACAAAUGUAAUAAUGUAAGUGUUUGUUGUGGUCAUGCUAUAACAAAUUGUGACAGGUCUCUGUAUUGUUUCUGCUACAACACAAGGAUCAAACUUCACCAGUUCCUUAGACAAGCAGUAAAAUAAUAUAUUUUUUCUGUAUUAUGCAUAUAAUGUGAACCAAAAAUAGUUAUAGCAGAACAGUCAGAAAACACUAACAGUGAUGUGUGUUUGAAAAGAUUCAGUUGAGGGCAUUUUAACGCAAAAAGGGAAAUAUAUUGUCAGAAGGGCACAACUAAUAAAACUAUUUUUAAAAAUUGGUGUGUUUUUUUUUUUAAUGGAGAAUUAUCCUGAGUGAAUCAGGUUUGCUUCUCUGAAGUCAAUACUGUCUCCUCUUUUUGGGGGGUAAAACUGUGGCUCUUUGCUCUUCACUUUAUAUGUAACAAACAAAGCAGGCAUCACUGAAUUUUGUCCAUGAAUAUGGAGCAUAUGAAUAAAUUGCUUUUUGACAUUG